UUCUCACAAGGCUAUGUUUGGUGAGGGAAAAAAAAAAAGAAAAUUUAUCUGUUUUGAAAGUUGAGAUAUAUAAAUAAAACACAUAUAAUACCCAAAAUCUACUCUUCCAAUGGCACUCCCAGACCAUCAUCAGAUCAGAAUCCACCCAGUUGCAGAUCUCGAACAGCCGCCGCCGGAGAAGGGCCGCCAGCAACUCCAAAUUGUCCCUCCAAAGAAGAAAAGGUAUUCGUGUUUGUGCAGAUGGUUGUGUUGGAGCCUCUCCAUUAUUUUGGUUCUACUGAUCGUCGUCGGAGCCGUCGUCGGAAUUCUGUAUCUCGUUUUCAAGCCUAAGAUUCCGGCGUACUCCGUCGACUCCUUGAACAUCAGUGACCUCCGCCUCAAUUUCGACAUGUCGCUCUACGCCAGGUUCGAUGUGAAGAUAACGGCGUACAACCCGAACGAGAAGAUCGGAAUAUACUACGAAAAGGGAGGAGUUUUGAGCGUUUGGUACACUGAGAACAAGCUUUGUGAAGGGUCACUGCCGGCGUUCUACCACGGCCACCGGAACAAGACGGCGUUGGACGUGGAUUUGACCGGGAGGACGGUGUACGGAAGCACUUUGAUGGCGGCGCUGGUGGAGCAACAGCGGACGGGGCGCAUCCCGCUGCAGCUCCGGGCGGCGGCUCCGGUGGCCGUGAAAUUGGGGAAGUUGAAGCUUAAGAAAGUUAAGAUCUUGGGGGAAUGCUUGUUGGUGGUGGAUAGCUUGACUGCCAAUAAUGCCAUUAGUAUUAAAGCUAGUAAUUGUAAAUUCAAGUUAAAGCUCUAAUUUUCUUUUUUCCUUUUUGGAAA